AUGGCUGUUCCUGUUCAUAUCAUUCCGAUCGCUUCAUACUCCAUGCGAGCCGCGCCCUCACCCUCUUGGAGCGAUACGUCAUCACGUUCGGACACCUCUGAAUCUGCCACGCAGAGCGAAGGAUUGAGCAAGGCGCUCUACAUUCCCUAUCACACCAACAAAACCACCCAUCUACCUCUCUAUGAUAUCACGGAUCAGUAUACUGCGUCAGUGGGGGAUCUUCCUAUUGGUUCCCCGAGAUACAAAGCCCAGAUCAGGUUGAUGAAAAAGCCGUCAGGCAACUCGCUCGAGGGUAACGUCAGAUAUCUGAUCGACUUUCACUGCCUGGAACGGAAUGCCACUAUUACAGAACGGACUAUUGGCCGCGAUGGGAUAGAGGUUGAUAUGUCUCUUCCUUCGACCCUUGGAGAGGAAUUCCGCCUUGGUGUCGUGGCUCCCCGUCAACAAGGCACAAGCCGGGUGACGGCACACUACGCCUCAGAGUCAGAAAAACCCAAAAGAAAAAUGGCACCAGAAAAUCCAUCGUUUGCCGUCCAAGGCGGCAUCUCCAGAUCUUCGGCUCUCGAAUGGAAGCCUUUCCCAUUCGAACCUGGGUGCUUGACCUAUGGUUUAUUUGACUCACUCUCGUCGAUGGACGUCACUGAGGCUGAGCCUCGAGCUCUCUAUCAACACUGUCGCCACGAAGGAGACUUUGUGGUCAGUGGCCACAGCGAGGGUAUUCUUCUUCUCGCGGGCAGUGAGCACCCUGAAGACGAGGCCCUGAUCGUGUCCAGCCUGGUUGGGCUUCUCUGGGAUCUGCGCUGCGACAGGGCAGCUGCGUCGAAAAGAAGGAAAUCAAUCUUCAAAAACAUGUUCAGGACCAGUUUGUAA